UUAUUACUGAUUGUUAGCCUAUUUGCAUUUUUGAAAAGAAUACAAAUAAAACCAUAGAAUAACCCUUACAUCAAGCUAAACAGUUGAGAACCACUACCAGUUCCUUUUGGAUCCUUUGAAAAAUUGUACUUUCAAUUAUAAAGCGUUCUUCAAUGUGGCGUUGCUGUUAGUUUUAAGUUUCCAUGCUUGGCGAACAGGCGUUACUAAACAUUUCUUAUUGUUUGCAGGGAUCAAAACCGACCAAAGAUUCUGCAAACCCAAAUGAAGGACUAGUAGAAGAUCUUUGGACUCUAGUCUUCAACCUGGAGGAAGAUGAAUAUGAUGUUUUUUCAAACAAUUGGAUCCAAGAUGAUAAGGAAAUUGAACGAGGCGUAUUCAACGCUAAAUAUCCUCCAGAGAACUUUAAUGCCAAUGUUUUAGCAAAAAAAGGACAACAAUAUGCGGAUAAUUGGAAAACUGUGACCGUCAAAUUAAUCGAAAAGAACUAUCAAUCAUUUGAACAAGCCUUCACUGACAUGGUGAGACUAACGAAAGGCCACCGUCUGAAAAGAGACAGUGAUGCAGAAUUGGCAAAUUCUAAAAGGAAAAGAAUCAUGACGAAGUCGAUGGAAGAUUUUUUCGCCGGCAGUUCUAAGAAGGGCAAGGAGCCGAAGCACAAAAAGAAGCCAGUUUUAACUGAGAUUCCAAAGUUUCCUGUGGACACAGUGAAUCCCAAAACUCCGGAUGCUAGGAAGAAGUCAACCCCUGAAUUCCACACACCUGAAGAUCUUUCAGCAGUCGAGAGCACCAGCUCAACGAAAGACAGAAUUCAUGCUGAGUCUCCACCCAAAAGAGCCCAUGAGAAAAGUAGCAAAAAUAAGCACUCAUCUCAAAGUUUCUCGAGCCCGCAGAAAGACAGAAUUCAUGCUGAGUCUCCACCCAAAAGAGCGCAUGAACAAAGUAGCAAAGAUAAGCACUCAUCUCAAAGUCUCUCGAGCCCGCAGAAAGACAGAAUUCAUGCUGAGUCUCCACCCAAAAUAGCGCAUGAAAAAAGUAGCAAAGAUAAGCACUCAUCUCAAAGUCUCUCAAAACCGCAACAGAAAGUCGACUCAACUCCCAAGGACAUGAGUUGCGAAGCAUCAGGGGGGUAUACCCUCAUGGAUAAAUUUGAUACCUCUUCAAGUUCAAAGAAGACAGAAAAUGAGGUGGAGAAAAAUCCAUUCAAAUUACCUCCUCAACUACCUAAGAAUGAAGUUGACUGGAAAUUAUAUAACCAACUGCCCUUUGAGUCCUUGACAGCUUUACGGGAAUGUGAGCAAGAACUGAACAAUGUCCUGGCCCGUCAGAAUUUGUAUAGUGCACUGUCUCACACAGUUUCUAAAGGCGCUCAUGUAACGCAUACAGCUAGAAGCAUCAUGGCAAGAAUACUGCAUUUGUCAUUAACAGGACGUUUCACAUGGAAAGGUGUAAAUCGAACGAACAAGAAAGAUGAGACUGAAAAGAACGUCACAAAAAGAAAGUAUGCCUUCCGAAUUUUGAAUUUGAAGGAUAUUCUCCUCGAUGCUACGAGCCUCAUUCACGAAUGCCACGUCUCGGAGGACGACAUAAAGAGGUCAAUCAACCAGUGGUUUUCCCAAGAGGCUUUAAAAUUCAAAAACAAAAGGUCUCAGCCCACGAAUGUGCCCCAUGUGCCCCUCCAGGAAAGCAGCGAGAGCACAUCGAGCUCCGCAAGCAGCUCAUCGAACAGCUCAUCUAACAGCUCAUUGAGCGAAUCUGAUAAUCACUAA